UAGAUAAGCAUUUGAUAUCUAAAGCAACGUUUUCGGGAUAAGUUCAAUAUUGGAACCUUAGGUAACGAUAGUCUCAACGAGUAAUUUUUAGUCACAUACGACCAUGAGAUUGAGAUUACCGAAAUUCAUCUCGUUAGACGAAAAAUAGGCCAUUUUCUCGCGAUAUGUUGACCCAUGCUAGCACACGAAAAAUAGAAGAUAAUUGAGAAAAUAAUAAUAUUAAAAAAAAAAAACUGCUUAUAUAAAACUCCAUCAACAUUCCGUAAAGAGCAAAAAGAGUCUUCUCCACAAGAAAUCAUCACAGAUUUCAUAAACCUUCAAAUCCAUGGAUCCUUACAAGUACCGUUCUUCAAGUGCCUACAAUGCCCCAUUCUGGACCACCAAUUCCGGUGCUCCGGUUUACAACAACAACAACUCAUUGACCGUCGGAAGCAGAGGUCCAAUCCUUCUAGAAGAUUACCAUUUGGUGGAGAAGCUAGCUAACUUCGACCGUGAGCGUAUCCCUGAACGUGUCGUUCAUGCCAGAGGUGCCAGUGCUAAGGGAUUUUUUGAAGUCACACAUGACAUUACUGCCCUCACAUGUGCUGAUUUUCUCCGUGCCCCCGGUGUCCAGACUCCUGUUAUCGUUCGUUUCUCUACUGUUAUCCAUGAACGUGGUAGCCCCGAAACCCUCAGGGACCCUAGAGGUUUCGCAGUGAAGUUCUACACCCGAGAGGGUAACUUUGAUUUGGUGGGAAACAAUUUCCCGGUGUUCUUUAUUCGUGAUGGAAUGAAAUUUCCCGACAUGGUUCACUCGUUGAAACCAAACCCUAAAUCGCACAUUCAAGAAGACUGGAGAAUCAUGGACUUUUUCUCUCACCAUCCCGAGAGUUUGCACAUGUUCACAUUUCUUCUAGACGAUAUCGGUGUGCCACAAGAUUACCGCCACAUGGACGGAUCCGGUGUCAACACCUACACUUUGAUCAACAAAGCUGGAAAAGCAUAUUACGUGAAGUUCCACUGGAAACCAACAUGUGGCGUAAAAAGUUUGUUGGAAGAAGAAGCCAUCAAGAUCGGUGGAGCGAAUCACAGCCAUGCUACACAAGAUCUUUACGAUUCGAUUGCUGCUGGAAACUACCCCGAGUGGAAGCUUUUUAUCCAGACCAUUGAUCCGGAUCACGAGGAUCGGCUCGACUUUGACCCGCUUGAUGUUACCAAGACCUGGCCUGAGGAUAUCUUUCCGUUGCAGCCUGUGGGUCGUCUGGUUUUGAACAAGAAUAUUGACAACUUCUUUGCUGAGAAUGAACAGCUGGCAUUUUGUCCUGCUAUCAUUGUUCCUGGAAUCUAUUAUUCUGAUGAUAAGUUGCUGCAAACCCGUAUUUUCUCGUAUUCUGACACUCAGAGGCACCGUCUUGGACCGAACUAUUUGCAGCUUCCUGCAAAUGCUCCUAAGUGUGCUCAUCAUAAUAAUCACUAUGAUGGAUUCAUGAAUUUCAUGCACAGAGAUGAGGAGAUCGAUUACUUCCCUUCAAGAUAUGAUCCCGCUCGUCAUGCUGAGCAGUACCCUAUUCCUCCUGUUAGGUUGUCCGGAAAGCGUGAUAAGUGUGUGAUUGAGAAAGAAAACAACUUCAAGCAGCCAGGAGAGAGAUACAGAUCCUUUUCUCCAGACAGGCAAGAACGAUUCAUUAACAGAGUUGUGGGUGGUUUGUCUGACCCGCGUGUCACCCAUGAGGUCCGCUCAAUAUGGGUUUCAUACUGGUCCCAGGCUGACAAGUCUCUGGGACAGAAGAUAGCUUCCCGCUUGAAUGUGAAGCCAAAUUACUAAGGGGGAGCGUUCUAAGGACGUGUUGGUUAUUAUAUCCGUUGGGCUUUGGUAUACAACGUAGUCUAGAGAAGUUGUCAUUUGUGUUAUCAAAAGUGGUGUCAAAAAUUCAUGAGUCGUUUCUUUUAUUGUCGUAAUGUCGAAAAACUCGUAUGAUGCUACUUACCGAAUAAAUAUGCAGUGUCAUUAAAAUUUUCGAUGAUGGGUUUAUGUAAUCGGUUAUUAAGUUAUAUGUUGAUGAUUGUCAUGCUAA